AUGGGAAAUACCAUGCGGGGCAUAAUUACCUUCAUCCCUUCUGAACGCAUACAGCAGUUCUUGGUGGGAGAGCUGAAGGAAUUGCCUCUGGAUCGGACACUGGACCUAAGCAACCGGCAGCUCCGUCGCCUGCCUGUCUCUACUUGCGUCUUUGAGGAACUGCUGAAGCUCUAUCUGAGUGACAACAAACUCAGCAGCCUACCACACGAGCUCAAUGGGCUGAGGAACCUUCAGCUUCUGGCUUUGGACUUUAACAGCUUUGAAGAAUUCCCUGAAGCUGUGUGCAGACUAUCCCAGCUGAGCAUCCUUUACCUAGGCAACAACAGGCUGUACAGUCUCCCCGAUGAACUUAACAAUCUCAAGGAGCUCAAUACUUUGUGGCUGGAGGCCAAUUGCUUCACAGUUUUUCCCAAGGUAAUAUCAGUGGGUGAAGGCGUGAAGAGAGUGGGCCGGUGGGCGGACUGUCCUGAUCCUGAUCCUGAAGAAGACACAUUGAAAGUGACCAAUGAAAAUAGAGUGGAAGCAGCAGAGGGGGGGCAGCCCGAUGAAGAGCAUCAGGACUCCUAA